AUGGAGAUCCGGUUGAUAUACCGGAUCAAGGGACUCCCAAUCCAUCUCCUAAAAGAACAAGCGGUGAGGAGCUUAAUGGCCCCAUUAGGGAAAGUAGAAGGAGUGGAAUUACAUGCCAAAAACUCUACCUCUUUGGAAUAUAUGAGAGCUUUGGUAUUUGUCAAAGCUGAUGAACCUCUACAAUUCAGAAAGGUUGCUAGGAUGUCCACAGGGGAAGUGUACACCACUGAGCUGACAUAA